CAGCCUAGUGUGCCAGGGGAAUUGGGCCAGCAACUAUCUUGGGCCUGGGCAGGAACUGGAAUCUUCCUAGGCUGGGCCCCAGGGACAUUAACUCUUUGUGGGUCCCUGGAGGAGAGCAGUGAUCACCAACAAGUCAGUGUCAGGCAUCUCUGUGGUGCUCGGGGUUGAUCUGGGUUCAGGAGAGGACCCUGACAUUAAUCUGGGCAGAAGACCCUUCACCCCACCCCAAAGAAAGGGUGGGAAAGUUUCUUGCAUCUUUCACCUUACGCAGCGCGCAGAACGUUAAAACCAGGAGAGCUUUAUGAAGUAGGGUACAGGAUGCAUGGGACUUAGAAGGAGAGGAGGAGGUGUGGAAAAUGUGCAAACUGUAAGGGUCUCGGCUAAGCCUCUCCAGGGCGUCCGGCGCCAGCCUCCCCUCCCCAGCUCGCUGCCCAGCCAGGACCCCCAGCUGUCCCCUCAGGCAGCCUGCGACAGCUGAAGGGUGUGCGGGGGAGGGCACGGGGGUCCAGGCGGCGCUGGUCACACACUUGUCGCUGGCGCUCAGGGGCCCUGCUCCUCGCCCCUCCCCCCCAGAGGCUCCGCACUAUUUUGGGUGGUGUAGACCCCGCCCCCACCUCCGACCGAGCCCUGGCUCUCCAGGCAGCUGGAGGGGUCGCUGCUCUGUUGGGGCUGCACCUCGGACCAGCGCCGCCGACGCCUCUGCAGACAUGUCGGGCCGCUCGGUGCCACAUGCCCACCCGGCCACCACCGAGUACGAAUUUGCCAACCCCAGCCGCCUGGGCGAGCAGCGCUUCGGAGAAGGCCUCCUGCCAGAAGAGAUCCUGACCCCCACCCUCUACCACGGCUACUAUGUCCGGCCCCGGGCCACCGGAGCUGGGGAGGGCAGCAGGGCAGGGGCCUCUGAGCUUAGGCUCAGUGAGGGCAAGUUUCAGGCGUUUCUGGAUGUGAGCCACUUUACCCCAGAUGAGGUGACCGUGAGGACUGUGGACAACCUGCUGGAGGUGUCUGCCCGGCACCCCCAGCGUCUGGACCGCCACGGCUUCGUGUCUCGAGAGUUCUGCCGCACCUAUGUCUUGCCUGCCGAUGUGGACCCCUGGCGGGUCCGCGCCGCUCUCUCCCAUGAUGGCAUCCUUAACCUGGAGGCCCCUCGGGGUGGCCGACACUUGGACACAGAGGUCAAUGAGGUCUACAUCUCCCUGCUCCCUGCACCUCCUGAUCCCGAGGAAGAGGAGGAGGCAACCGGAGUUGCGGCCUGAGUGCCAUGGAGCCAGCAUGGGCGAACCCCCUUCUACCUCCCACGGUGAUAUGAGCAGCUGCCCACCACCCCAGAGGUAGCGGCAUCCUUGGGGGAAGGGAACAGUGCAUGGCCCACAAUGUAUGGUUUGGUCCCUUGAGACGUGUCAUAGCUUUGGUUUAGUUCUGGGUGGAGCUGAAUAAACCCAAAUCUCAGGGC